AUGACUACAGUUACCCUGAACAACUCCAUGUUUGCAAUGGAAGUGCAGCAUAAUAUAACUGAUAUCCAAAAGGAUAGUCUUGUGUGUUUGGCACCCAGCGAUGUUUACUUCAAAGUAGCUACAGGUAUAGCCGUAAUCGGUAUUAUACUUAACAUUUUGUUCAUUUACGUUUUACGUCGAAUUCCUUCCAUGAAGACUACUGCAAACAUAUAUCUUGUGAAUCUGGCUGUCGCCGACCUGUUACUACUCAUCUCCGUGUUGGUGUACUAUGUGUUUGUGAUCACCGGAGGCAUGUAUAUUGUUAAAAACGUUGGUUUCAUAUGCUACAUGACUAUCUUCCAAAAUCUCUUAUUUUUUACAAUUCUAAUAACAGUGAUAAUUAUCAGCAUAGAGAGACACGUUGGCAUUUGCUACCCACUGCGAUUUCGCAAUAGUCUCACCAAAAAACGAGCAACCACAAUGGUAGUGCUCUCGUGGUUGUUAGGUGUCUUAUUCAGCAUACCACGAAUCAUUGAGUGCUUUGCAGUUGGCAAUACAAGAAAGCAAGCACAAAACGUUACAUACGCAUUGUAUAUCAUUUUAUUUUCCAUUGCAUUGUUGGUAUUACCAGUUAUGUACUUCAGUACAGCGAGGAGCUUCCGAAAGUUCGUCCGGCAGUUAGAGUCAGACCAUGGAAUCGUACGAAGGUCAGACGAGAGACAGAUAUUGGUAACCGCCGUGUCCAUCACCACAGUCUUCUUUCUGUGCAUGACCCCAACUGUCAUCAAGUUCAUCGACUACUUAAAUUACAACAUCACUGGUAACUCCUCCGCUGACGUAAUGGCUAUUAUCUGUAUUUACGAUUUGUCGCGUUGGUUACUGAUUACUAGUUUGAUAGUAAACCCUAUUCUGUAUAAUGUGAUCAGCUCAACUGGGCGUGAAGCAUUUAUCCAUGCAUUCGGCUGUCGUGAACCGGUCCAGAGUAGAACGACUGCUGCUACAACAACUACUAGCAUUAAACUUAACACAAAUAAUAUAAAUCUGCAUAAAUAG